GUCGGCACGAUCCAGACCAAUCGACGAGGAUACUGCAAGAUGAUUCCUUACAAACAAGCGAAGCGGCCAAAGUCCAUGGCACGUGGGUCUUACCGAAUUGCGCAUUCGAAAACAGAGCCCGGUAUGUUAGCCGUGUCCUGGAGGGAUAAUCGACCGGUGCACUUCAUCGCCACGGGCUGCGACACACGACCGACGAGAUUGUCAAGGCGUGCAGGUGCUGAAGUUGUCGACCGUGCACCCGGCAAAGCUCCACCGACUCAUGCCGAGUUCAUAAGAUUGAUGCAGACGGCGCUGCUGGGAGUGGGGGCCGCGGACUUCGAAGGUGACUUGUUUGUCCGAGCGUUGGUAGACACGCCA